UCAUGGCACCCGCGAUCAUAUAAAGACUGCGGUCCCUAAAAACUAUAUAAACGAUAUAUUUCACAUUAUGCUCAUGGCUGAGGCACUGAGGGAGCCUUGAGAUCAUCUCCUCCUCUCUCCUUCAUCUACCAUCCUCUUCAUGGCUGCCUCCCGCCUAAGCCUCGUCUCCUUAUACGGUCGCUAUAUCAGCCGUAAGUACAAGUUGUGCGGCCUCUCCCCAGCAACCGUCGAGGUAGAUUCCGAGACCACCAUCCAUUUCUGGGGUCCUAAACCCAAUUCACCAUCCACUGGGAAGCCAUCACUCGUUUUAAUCCACGGUUUCGGUCCAAGCAGUUUGUUUCAAUGGCAGCACCAAGUCCGGCCACUCUCCGAUCACUUCGACCUUUACGUCCCGGACCUUGUAUUCUUCGGUGGAUCGACGACCAAUUCGUCCGACAGAUCUGAGAUUUUCCAGGCGGUUUCUAUUGCGAAGCUUCUCGACAAGUUAGGGUUGAAUCGGUUCUCUGUUAUGGGAACUAGCUAUGGUGGUAUGGUGGCGUAUCAUAUGGCGUCGAUGUGGCCGGAGAAAGUUGAGAAAGUGGUGAUUGCGAGCUCCGCCGUGAAUAUGGUACGGAAGGAUCAGGAAGAGGUGGCAGAGAGGGGGGGAGUGGAGAGGAUUGAGGAUCUCCUGCUGCCGAGGACGUCCAAGCAGUUACGCAAAUUGUUUAGACUCAUGGUCUUCAAGCGUUCUCCGGUAUUACCGGAUUUCCUGCUCAACAAUCUUCUUCGCACAUUGUUUGCUGAAAAUAGAGGAGUGAAGUUGGAACUUCUCAAGGGAAUGAUAAUUGGAAGGGAUGACAUGGCACAUGUUUCUUCUCUCAAGGAGGAAACCUUGAUCGUGUGGGGAGAACAUGAUCAGAUAUUCCCAUUGAAGAAGGCUAUUGAGCUUAAGGGGCUUCUUGGAGGAAAGGUUCAACUAGAAGUACUGAAGAAAACAUCACAUAUUCCCCAAAUUGAGAAUCCAAAGCAAUUCAAUGCCAUUGUCAAGAAAUUCUUAUGUUGAUAUUUAUAGUUGGAAUAAUUAAUUUGAUCAUAUAAUAAUUUUGGCGAAAGUUUUUCUUCAUUAGAGUUUUUUUUUUUGUAAGAGAGAGAGUGGGAAGAUUCGUCCACCACUCCUGAUGUGACCAUGCGAUGGGCCUUUUGUCCCAUUAUCAACUCCCACCCUAUAUUGUUUGGGUGGGACACAAAUUACCCCUCCUCUUGACCAUCUAAUGGUGCUGAUGCCCAUGAUGGAAUUCCAUAAAUGGUUGAAACUCAGUCCUUUAAUUUAUUACUUGUAA